AUGUCUGCUUCUGUGCAUGCUCAUGUGCCCAGUACCCCAACCCAAUACACCCAGUGCCCCCACCCCAUUACCCCCAGUAGCCCCCCCAGUACCCCAACCCAAUACACCCAGUUCCCCCACCCUAUUACCCCCAGUAGCCCCCCCAGUACCACAACCCAAUACACCCAGUGCCCCCACCCUAUUACCCCCAGUAGCCCCCCCAGUACCCCAACCCAAUACACCCAGUUCCCCCACCCCAUUACCCCCAGUAGCCCCCCAGUACCCCAACCCAAUACACCCAGUGCCCCCACCCUAUUACCCCCAGUAGCCCCCCCAGUACCCCAACCCAAUACACCCAGUUCCCACACCCUAUUACCCCCAGUAGCCCCCCCAGUACCCCAACCCAAUACACCCAGUGCCCCCACCCUAUUACCCCCAGUAGCCCCCCCCAGUACCCCAACCCAAUACACCCAGUUCCCCCACCCCAUUACCCCCAGUAGCCCCCCAGUACCCCAACCCAAUACACCCAGUGCCCCCACCCUAUUAGCCCCAGUAGCCCCCCCAGUACCCCAACCCAAUACACCCAGUGCCCCCACCCUAUUACCCCCAGUACCCCAACCCAAUACACCCAGUGCCCCCACCCUAUUACCCCCAGUAGCCCCCCCAGUACCCCAACCCAAUACACCCAGUUCCCCCACCCCAUUACCCCCAGUAUCCCCCCCAGUACCCCCAACCCAGUAUACCCAGUGCCCCCACCCCAGUACCACAAGUAGCCCCCCAGUACCCCAACCACCCCCCCAGUACCCCAACCAGUACACCCAGUUCCCCCACCCCAUUACCCCCAGUAGCCCCCCCAGUACCCCCAACCCAGUAUACCCAGUGCCCCCACCCCAUAUCCCCAGUAUCCCCAGUAACCCCAGUAACCCCAGUAUCCCCUUUAACCCCAGUAACCCCAGUAACCCCAGUAACCCCAGUAACCCCAGUAACCCCAGUAACCCCAGUAACCCCAGUAACCCCAGUAACCCCAGUAACCCCAGUAACCCCAGUAACCCCAGUAACCCCAGUAACCCCAGUAACCCCAGUAACCCCAGUAACCCCAGUAACCACAGUAACCCCAGUAACCCCAGUAACCCCAGUAACCCCAGUAACCCCAGUAACCCCAGUAACCCCAGUAACCCCAGUAACCCCAGUAACCCCAGUAACCCCAGUAACCCCAGUAACCCCAGUAACCCCAGUAACCCCAGUAACCCCAGUAACCCCAGUAACCCCAGUAACCCCAGUAACCCCAGUAACCCCAGUAACCCCAGUAACCCCAGUAACCCCAGUAACCCCAGUAACCCCAGUAACCCCAGUAUCCUCAGUAACCCCAGUAUCCCCAUAUUCCCAUAUCCCCAUAACCCCACUAACCCCAGUAACCCCAGUAACCCCAGUAACCCCAGUAACCCCAGUAACCCCAGUAACCCCAGUAACCCCAGUAACCCCAGUAACCCCAGUAACCCCAGUAACCCCAGUAACCCCAGUAACCCCAGUAACCCCAGUAACCCCAGUAACCCCAGUAACCCCAGUAACCCCAGUAACCCCAGUAACCCCAGUAACCCCAGUAACCCCAGUAUCCUCAGUAACCCCAGUAUCCCCAUAACCCCAGUACCCCCACCCCAGUAUCUCCAGUAUUCCCAGUUUGCCCAUAUCUCCAGUAUUCCCAGUUUUCCCAGUAUCCCCAGUGUCCUCAGUAUACACAGUAACCCCAGUAUUCCCAGUAUCCCCAGUAUCCUCAGUAUCCCCAGUAUUCCCAGCAUUCCCAGUAUCCCCAGUAUCCCCAGUAUUCCCAGUAACCCCAGUACCCCCACCCCAGUACCCCCACCCCAGUAUUCCCAGUUUUCCCAGUAUCCCCAGUGUCCCCAGUAUUCCCAGUAUCCCCAGUAA